AUGAUUACAUUAUCCGACUUCUACCACGUCAUGACGGCGGUGGUGCCGCUCUACGUGGCCAUGAUCUUGGCCUACGGCUCCGUGAAGUGGUGGAAGAUCUUCACCCCCGACCAGUGCUCCGGCAUCAACCGCUUCGUCGCCCUCUUCGCCGUCCCCCUCCUCUCCUUCCACUUCAUCUCCACCAACGACCCUUACAACAUGAACACCCGCUUCAUUGCCGCCGACACCCUCCAGAAGCUCAUCGUCCUCGCCGUCCUCGGCGUCUGGACCAAAGUCAGCAAAAGGGGAUGCCUGGAAUGGACGAUCACUCUCUUCUCCGUCUCCACUCUGCCCAACACUCUGGUCAUGGGAAUCCCAUUGCUCAAGGGAAUGUACGGCGAUUUUUCCGGGAGUUUGAUGGUGCAGAUCGUCGUCCUCCAGUGCAUUAUCUGGUACACUUUGAUGCUUUUCAUGUUCGAAUACCGAGGAGCAAGACUCCUCAUCUCGGAGCAGUUUCCCGACACUGCGGGAUCCAUUGUCUCCAUCCACGUCGACUCCGAUAUUAUGUCGCUCGACGGAAGACAGCCCCUCGAGACUGAAGCGGAGAUCAAGGAGGACGGCAAACUCCACGUCACUGUCAGAAAAUCAAACGCUUCGCGCUCGGAUAUUUUAUCGCGGCGAUCUCAGGGGCUGUCGUCCACCACCCCGCGGCCGUCGAAUCUCACUAAUGCGGAGAUUUACUCCCUGCAGUCUUCGAGAAAUCCGACGCCGAGAGGGUCAAGUUUCAACCACACGGACUUCUACUCCAUGAUGGCUGCCGGAAGGAACUCGAAUUUCGGAGCUAACGAUGUUUAUGGGAUGUCUGCGUCCAGAGGGCCGACUCCACGGCCAUCAAAUUUCGAGGAAGACGGUGGCGGCGGCGCUGUCAGCUCCGCUACUGGAAAUAAGCCACGGUUUUACCACGGCGGACAGAAUAAUGCAGUGGCGCAUUACCCGGCCCCAAACCCAGGGAUGUUUUCUCCGACGGCGUCCAGAACCGUCACCGCUAAUGCUAAUAGCAAUGCCAUGAAUGCAAAGAGAGCUAAUGGGCAAGCUCAGAAAACAGAGGACACCAAUGGCGGGAAGGAUCUUCAUAUGUUUGUUUGGAGCUCAAGUGCUUCUCCUGUUUCAGAUGUGUUUGGAAGCAAUGAAUACGGUGGUGCUGCCCAUGAUCACAAAGAAGUAAAAUUGGCUGUGUCUCCAGGAAAAGUGGAGGGGAGGAGAGAGAAUCAGGAAGAGUAUUUGGAGAGAGAAGAUUUCAGAUUUGGAAACAGAGAUCAGAUGAACAUGAACAAUGAGGCUGAGAAAGGAGGGGAUGGGAUUGGAAAAGCCAAAGUGAUGCCUCCAACAAGUGUGAUGACAAGGCUAAUUCUCAUCAUGGUUUGGAGAAAACUCAUUAGAAACCCAAACACUUACUCCAGCUUGAUCGGCCUCACUUGGUCUCUAGUCUCAUUCAGGUGGCACGUUCAAAUGCCAGCCAUUGUAGCGAAGUCCAUCGCCAUACUAUCUGAUGCAGGACUUGGCAUGGCCAUGUUCAGCCUCGGUUUGUUUAUGGCUUUGCAGCCAAAGAUCAUAGCUUGUGGAAACUCCGUUGCAGCUUUUGCCAUGGCUGUGAGAUUCCUUACAGGUCCAGCUGUCAUGGCAGCUGCUUCCAUUGCUGUUGGCUUAAGAGGCACUCUCUUACAUGUUGCCAUUGUACAGGCAGCCCUACCCCAAGGAAUUGUUCCCUUUGUCUUUGCCAAGGAAUACAAUGUACACCCUGAUAUUCUCAGCACGGGGGUUAUAUUUGGAAUGUUGAUUGCGUUGCCCAUAACGCUUGUUUACUACAUUUUGUUGGGGCUAUGAAGAUGCUUUUGAGAGGAGUGGAGACCAACAAACAACAGUGGCUUUUGGCUUUUGCGUUUCAUGCAAGCAGAAAGCAAGAAGCUCAUAAACGCAAAAGAUGAUGGGAAAGAAAGAUUGAGAGAAGAUAGAACAUUGCAGGGGAAGAAAUGAAUGAAUGAAAUCUUUUUUAUUUUGAUUAAUCGUCUUUUUUCUUAGUAAAAUUUGUAAAAUGAGUUUGUAGUGAAUUUAAGUUAUAAAAAGAACGCUUUCUGUAGUUUAUUUAUUAGUUAUAAUUUUCUUUAAAUUAUAUUUUGAAAAUUAUAAUUAAGGUAGAAAAAGGGGAAGAAAAAAGUGAAAGGGAAAGUUGAUGUGAUGAUAACUUGUUAUGUUACACCAGUGUUAUAAUUCAGUAUUAUUCCAGUUCUA